ACACACAGACCUUUCAGACCCAGCGCUCGAAAAACUAUUCGYCUGUGUUCAUAAAAAGGACAUUUGUUCCGAUUUUGUUUAAAAUAAUUGUGUUCAAGUUUGGCAGUAUUAAAAAAGAUGAAACAAAAUCAAAGAUGAUAUUCUCCUGAACCACGGAGAAGGMGGUAAUGGCAGUCGUAAUGGCGCAAUUUACAUUGGUGUGYCUAAUCGCGCUUAUARUAACUGCUGAUGGAUGCCGUACCUCUACCUCAGUUCGCGAUUAUAUACUWUACGACCACACCUAUCAUGUUAUUGCAAAUAUAAGCCUCGUCAAAUGUAUAUUCGAAUGCGAUAUGGAGCCUAGCUGUUACAGUAUUAAUUACUUGUUUACCAUGAGUCUUUGCGUGCUAAAUAACGCAACAAGAGCGGUUGAGCCCAUCAAGUUUCAGUAUCGUCCCGAUGUUGUUUAUAUUGAACAUCUUGACAGACCUAAAGGUUCCUGUGAUGGAGAUUUUCCUUGUGAAAACCGCGGAACGUGUGUAAAUAUCCCGCAGUAUCCCGGGUAUCAAUGCAUUUGUGCAGAUGCAUAUGUUGGUGAACAAUGUGAAGAGUGCUCUUCGCCUCCAGUUGGUCUAUCAGAUAACCGCAUAACAAAUAAUAAGAUUACGGGCUCAUCGACCGGACAAUGGGGCCUGACGUAUUACUAUCCAUAUAUGGCACGACUAAAUGGCAAGUCUUCCUGGGUAGUGUCAUUAGUAGAUUAUAGCAUGUACCUAGAUAUUGACUUGGCACCACAACUAAGACUGAUUACAGGAAUAGCAACACAAGGCAAUCCCGAUAAAGACUGGUGGACUACCAAGUAUACUAUAAAUUACAGAUUAAAUGGUGAUCUGCCUUGGAUUUCCUUAAAUCAGGAUUUCAAUGGAAACUCCGAYCGCCAUACAGUUGUUCAUCACAGUUUUGUUCCUGCAUUUCUAGCGAGAUAUGUCAGGGUACUCCUUCUCGAAGGACACACAAGGACUGCUAUUAGAGUAGAGCUGUACGGCUGUAAUGCACAGUAGUUAAUAUGCAGCGCUCUAUUUGUAUAAAUGUAAUUAAAACUCUACAGAAAASGUACAGGAUUGUGAGUUAUGCCCUGAUAGUCCUAGUUAACUCAACCCCGUAUUCACGUCAUCCAGACUAAGUUUAGAAUUUAUAUUUGAUUUUGAUAAUCCAAACCAUUUCAAAGAAACGGCAGAACAAUUAUUAGUUUUAGCUUGUAGGCGUUCCUAAUUGAGGGCCGAACCUGAAAUGCCUGUAACGGAUAUAUACCUCAAAGUGCGUUGAAUAUUUCGUAGGCCAGUGCUGAAAUAUCAAUCUUUAUUGUAAAAUAUGUAAUAAAAAUGUAAUAGAAUUGAUUAGUGCUCAUUGAAAAAGACUAAUUAGGUCAGAGUUGUUCUAUCUAUAAAUAAGCCGGUUUUCUAUUCAUGAGUGGAAUCAGUGUCGAUUUUUUCGUUUCUGUCAUGACAGCUUUUUGUGGGCAAAUUUAUCGGGUCCAACCCACCAUGUGAAAAAAAUGGAGUGUUCCGGAUAUACGGAUAAAAUCUUUAAAUUUUAAAUUUUCUAUCCUCUUGUAAGCCAAGGCAAUUAAAACGCAAUCAAAUUGCAUAA